AAAGGGGAGCAGCAGAAAGGCAGCUACUUCGUUCCCAUUCUUUGUUUCUGGUUGCUGUUGAAGCUCUGAGGAUCCCUCUCCCUUUUGGAGUUUACUAAGCUUUGAAGUGGAAUGCCAUGGCCAGUUCCUCCGACAGUGAAGAUGACAGUUUCAUGGCUGUGGACCCAGAAGAAGCAGUGGUGGAAGGGACAAUGGAGCAAGAUGACGAGCCGCACGCCGAGCUGGAGGUCGAGGAGACGAGGCAUAACAGAUCGAUGUUGGAGUUGCCAGAAGAGGUUUUGGAAUAUAUCUUGUCCUUCCUCUCACCAUAUCAGGAGCACAAAACCGCUGCCCUUGUCUGCAAACAGUGGUAUCGACUUAUCAAAGGUGUGGCCCAUCAGUGUUAUCAUGGCUUUAUCAAGGCAGUCCAAGAAGGAAAUAUUCAGUGGGAGAGUCGUACGUAUCCCUAUCCUGGAACCCCGAUAACACAGCGCUUCUCGCACAGUGCAUGCUACUAUGACGCUAAUCAGUCAAUGUACGUGUUUGGUGGCUGCACGCAAAGCAGUUGCAACGCUGCGUUCAACGACCUCUGGAGACUUGACCUAAACAGCAAAGAGUGGAUCCGGCCUCUGGCAUCAGGUUCUUACCCUUCGCCUAAGGCUGGAGCCACUUUAGUGGUGUACAAGGACUUGCUGGUACUGUUUGGUGGGUGGACGCGACCAAGUCCUUAUCCUCUGCACCAGCCAGAGAGGUUCUUCGAUGAGAUACACACCUACUCACCCUCCAAAAAUUGGUGGAACUGCAUUGUGACGACCCACGGACCACCUCCCAUGGCAGGACACUCCUCCUGCGUAAUAGAAGACAAAAUGAUCGUCUUUGGGGGCUCGCUGGGAUCUCGGCAAAUGAGUAAUGAUGUCUGGGUUCUGGAUCUGGAGCAGUGGGCUUGGUCGAAGCCAAACGUCUCUGGGCCAAGCCCUCACCCGCGAGGCGGCCAGUCUCAGAUUGUCAUAGAUGAUGAGACCAUCUUAAUCCUUGGUGGCUGUGGGGGGCCAAAUGCUCUGUUCAAGGACGCCUGGCUACUGCACAUGCACACGAACCCUUGGACAUGGCAGCCACUGAAGGUGGAAAACGAAGACCAUGGGGCCCCUGAGUUGUGGUGCCAUCCUGCCUGCAGGGUGGGACAGUGUGUUGUGGUCUUCAGCCAGGCUCCCAGCGGGAGAGCUCCACUGAGCCCAAGCUUAAACUCUCGCCCCUCUCCCAUCAGUGCCACGCCACCAGCCCUGGUUCCUGAAACGCGGGAAUACCGCUCUCAGUCUCCGGUUAGGAAUGCAGAUGAAGCUCCCUGUGUGAAUGGGCGCUGGGGCACCCUGAGGCCCAGAGCACAAAGACAAACCCCGUCGGGGUCCAGGGAAGGGAGCCUGUCCCCAGCCAGGGGGGACGGUUCCCCUGUACUGAACGGUGGGAGUUUAUCUCCUGGAGCCACGGCAGCAGGCGGUGCCUCACUGGACAGUCCCGUACAGGCAAUAUCACCCAGCACACCUUCCGCUGCUGAAGGAUACGACCUGAAAGUGGGACUUUCCCUCGCCCCGAGACGAGGAUCUCUACCAGAUCAGAAAGACCUGCGAUUAGGAUCGGUAGAUUUGAAUUGGGAUCAGAAACCAGCUUCCAUUAGCUGUCAGAUGGACGGGGCGGACAACAGGACAGUUGGCGGAAGCGUGAGAAACCCCCCAGAGCAGACCAACGGGAUCCACACCCCACCACAUGUUGCUAGCUCCCUCCCCGGGGCAGUCUCCCCGGGCGCGCUGCGAAGAAGCCUGGAGGCUGUCAAGGCCCUGUCUUCCAAAGGUGCGUCGGCUUCAGCAGCAUUGAGCCCUCCUUUAGUGUCCUCGCCGGGAUCCCCCGGCAGCCAGAGCGCGAGCAGUGCCGAGGCGGCGCCACGUCCCGGCUCUGCCCAGGGGGAUGGCCACUCCUUACCUCCCAUUGCUCGCCGGCUGGGCCACCAUCCUCCACAGUCUCUGAAUGUUGGCAAGCCUUUGUAUCAGAGCAUGAACUGCAAACCCAUGCAGAUGUAUGUGCUGGACAUUAAAGACACCAAGGAGAAAGGACGAGUCAAAUGGAAAGUGUUUAACAGCAGCUCGGUGGUGGGGCCACCCGAGACCAGCCUUCACACAGUGGUGCAAGGCCGGGGCGAACUAAUCAUAUUCGGUGGUCUCAUGGACAAGAAACAGAACGUGAAGUACUAUCCCAAAACAAAUGCCUUGUACUUUGUGCGAGCAAAGAGAUAAUGUGGCAAAGGCUGUUCCACCCCUCCCUUCUUCCCUGUGGCUUUUUUUUUUCUUUUAAAUCCUUCCUCUGUCACGCAGGCAUUUAGACUGUGAAUUAGGGAACAAGAAACCAAUAAAAUCCAAGCAGAAUGUCAGUGCUGCCCUCCAGCUCCCAGCGUGACCCCGACUCUGGGUUUGGUUCAGAAAUGUCCUAUUAAGAGAAUUCUGUUUACAAAUGGGGAGAAAUCUCCAUUCUGGUGGGAUUCAUGGUUGCUGUGUUCUAGCAGGAGCUUUGCUGCCGCCUUAUUCUUUGCUGAUAACUAGACCGAGAAUUCAGGGUGAGCGGGGCGGGGAGGGGGGAAUCUUCUAACAUCCAGUAUCUUAAGAAAUUUUCCAGGGGUAUAGAGAGGCCUCUUCAAUGUCUAUAUACAAUUCCAGCUCCUAAAGGGUUGGAGAUGCUGUCUGUAUUGAAUACCUGCAGGCAAGAGGCCAUAAGCAUGUAUGUAUGCACUGAUACUAUCCACGCUUGUCUUGUUGCAUAUGGCUGCACAAGGAAAAUAACAGCAAUAUUUUAAAAUCUUCCAGCACUACAGCCAGAACUGCAACCCUUAGUCAUCACAGACACAGAUGCCUUUUUUUCCUUGGACUUUUCUCCUGACAGUACUGUUCCCGUCCUGUCCUGCCCUCUUGUUGCCAUGAGAGAAGGAAGAAAGGACAGAUCUGCAUUGAAAUGCCAGGAUCACCAAGAAUUCAGUUGGCACUGCUUUCGUUAGCGUGUCCCACCAGGGAGAGUCCUACACUAGAUCGAACCAGCAGUGGCAUUAGAUCUCCCUGACGUUCUGAAUCACAGGCGGGUAAAAUUGCACACAUUAGACAGCAUUAAAAGAAAUGUGAAGUUACAGGUUUAAACUAAGCAGUUUUGUUUAGGACGUUCAUAAGAACCAGUGUCCACGUACCUCUUCAAGGUGAUGGAGUAGCUGGAUGCCGAUGUUCUCUCUUAAGAAUUUGCUCUAGAAACUUUUGCCUUAUGACUGCACAACUCCAAACGUGUAGGCGUGCAGACAACUUUUUCCAGUGAGUAUUGGGGAUGUCUUAGCUCAUCUUUAGCUUAUGGGACAGAAAGAACACAUGCAUAGCCUCGUUCAGCAACACACUUACACACAUGCUUAAUGGUUGCACGUGCUUAAGUGUUUUUCUGAAUUAUAACAGCACAUUCUCUUAGAGCUUGGUUCAAUGUGCCAUUUACAGUUACUGCUUUUUUUUAACUCGUUUCUACUUCCUGGUCAAUACUGGUUAUCCUGCCAGAUAAUGCACCACAAACUAAAAUGAAUUCACAGCAACACUAAACACUGUACCAACCAACCAAAGCAAAGAAGCCUGACACAAGGCAGCCCCCUCCCUGCUGUAGGCUUCCAUCAAAUGUGCUUUCUGUCCGCUUCACUUGCUCUGAAUAUUUUAAAGCUCUCGGAAGUAGACUAGAUGUUUCUGCCAUCGCUGAAAUAAGUGGUAGCAUUUGGAAGGAUUUUCAACCAGUUGAAGUGAAACACUGGACCGGCCUUAAUUUUUCCAGGUUUAGCAGCCUCCGUAUUAAUCACCAGUGAUGUUCACACUUACCAGAAUCCAGUUUGAAAAAGAAUCCAAAUUGCUGUUUCUGCAUAUGCCUUUGAGUGAAUAUUCUUUCCUUCCUAUUUCAGCUUGAGGGCUGCUGUAUCAGCUCUUGGCUUAGAGAGUUUCCAAUUUUUCCAUGAAGUUGUGCUUUCACCAGCACGUGAUCCCGGCUCCUUCUGAAGCUUGCCAUUCCUUGUGCGGCUUUGUGGGUUGUUUUACAUCAUACAGUAGAUUGAGCCGUAAGAAAUCUGUUGGAAUCGGUUAUAUGCGUCGCAUGGGACCACUGCUUCGAACGGUGUGUGAAGACAAAUUCAAUUUGUUGCUACCCCAUGUAGGUGGCAACACUGAGUGAAAAGGCGUGGUGUGCGACAGGAAGAACACGGUAUUUUAUUAGACAGUGAAGACGUAAAAAAUGCCCACUGAUGCCAACACACCGAUCACCUGGAGGCAGGUCUGUAUUCAUGCUGCCGCUAAAGCACAAAGCUCUGCUUUCCCCGUCUCAUUGUAUCAUAAUAGCUUGCAGCUUGGCCCUGGCCGGGGCUGUUAAGAACUGUUGCAUACACAUCAUAAGGCUAUUAAAACAGAGUAGCGUUUAAUUAUUGAGGGUUCAGUUAUACCUAUGCUGAGGAACUGCUUAGCAGCCGCCUGCAUUUCUGAAGCAGAAUCAUAAAUAAGAAAUCUGUAAUAGUAAUGGUCAGAAAAAGGCUGUUCCCUAAUCACAGUAGAACUUGCACAGUGGAGAAACUGUAACUGCCACUUACUGUACUGGCUGUAACAUGAAGUGGCUCCUUUAAGAUUGCCAAUAUAAUUUUGUUUUAAUGAUUAACUCCCUACAAGGCCACUGGAUUUUUGCUGGACAUUUUGGUGCUCACUUUUAAGACCGAUUUCAGUAUAUUCAAGCCUACAGUCGCAAGCCUUUUAUAAAUGAAAACCUUCCUCUUCAGUUUCCCUGUAUUCUUUCUCAUCGGUGGCCUCCGUGAGAGGGUAUUUGUUCGUGUAACAAACCCAAGUGGUUUCUUUGGAGCUGACGGCUAAAAAGCCCUGGCCAUUGCAAAAGUAAAACAAAACAAUACCCCCGUGCCCACGUACUUGGUCACAGUCCUCCAGUAAAACUUGCCUCCUUUGAAAGGCGCUGAAGGUAUCCUCGUGCUGUGACUUUUCAGCGCACAAACUGCUUAUCUUGAAAGCAAAAAUCAGUGUUAGAAAAUGCAAAAGGUCUGGUGAGGUGACUGAAAAAUCUUUUUUUUAUGGGAGAAGCGGAUCCAAUCGCUGUCGGCUUCUUACCGCUGGGCUGGGUUUAGUAAAAACAUGCUUUCUCCUCCAUCCUGCAAAGUCGCUGAGCUCUGAUCGCUGCUUUGAGGGGGGUGUGAGGUCUAUUUCUAGUACCCUGCCACGCUGUGUUAGAUAUCAUCUUUAUUAAAUGCAGUCCUUCAGGCUGAUAUGCAUUGAAUCAACUUAGUCUUGUCUUAAGGACUUGAGACUUUUUUUUUUUUUUCCUCCCAGACCUCAGGAAUACCUACAGUAUCUUCAUCGGUAUUUAAAACAACCACCUUGAACCUUAAAGCUUUCUACUGCUUCAGAGGCACCUCUCACACUGAAUGGCAUUGGGUUGACCUCUACUACUUAACCUGAGGAGAGGGUGGUAGCCAGUAUCUGAUUCCCCCACCCCUUGUCCCUCUGCCUAAACUAAUCAGCACUCCAGUGGUAUUUCCCUACACCGGAUGGAAUAUACUCGUUUUGUUUGCAUGUCUCUUGUCUUUCACCCAAGGUUGUUUUAGAGCAAAACCAAUAUCAAUUCUUAAAGUGAAAAAAACAAAUGCCGCUAGUAAAUUUAUGCUGAACUGUCACGAUCGGGUUCUGCACUCUUGCCCUUGAUUUUGUUCACCUGCUCCCGAUCGUGUGGGGCGUACAGCAGAAGACGAAACCCGUACAAAGUAACCUAGGAAAUAUUCUAGCAAUUCUGUGGGCGAUGAUCAAAAUAGCUUCGUCUCAAUCACAAGCCAAAUAGAAACUGUUCAAGUCACGGGGUCUUCCCGUUGCUGCUCGCAUCACUUCCCAGUUCGUCCGUCCAUCCGUUCUAGUCCUCGUGGUGAUUCUGGCAUGGUAAUGUUUCACUGCUUUGCUUCAUUUGUGGUUUCUCGACCAGCACAUUUGCAUUUGGACAUGUCAACCCACUGGAGCGGAAGGAACCAGGAAUGGAAAGAAACUGCCCCUUCCCUCCUGUGUCCCCGUGUGUGUUGCAGAAGGCAUGUUCUGCAUGGUUACAAAUAAAUGGCUCCCAAAGUGGUCUCUAUGAAUGACGGAAAUGUUGGUCUUUAUUUCCUUGCUCACCUCCGCCCGUCUCGACCCUGAACAUAAAGGUCCCAUGUAACGCGCACAAAGUGUGAUCCAGUGUAGCUGGUGCUGUGAGUGAGGUUUCCCGUUGACUCAGGUGUACAGGAUGACUUUGCCCUGCCAGUCAUUUUAGGUUCAUCCCAGUGUAGGAAUGACAAGUGAACUUCAUUGGUAUUUAAAUCUGUGUAAAUUUCAUUUUUUGUUAAUGUCUCCCCAACGAAUUUUUAGCAAUUUAACAAAUAAAACAAAUAAAUGGA